CCCAGUCGUCAUUCAUAAACAAGGCAAUAAGGUCGGCAAACCCAAUCAGUGCCUCCUGCUGAUACUGACCGUAUGACAUUCUUGUGCGCGCAGGGAUAAUCAGCAUGGCAUAAACAGUCCAUUCACCACGACCUGCCAUCAUCAUUCCUACUUCAUUGAUCGCUCUCUAGUGUUAUUUGUCUACUGUCAUGGAGCACCUUAUUCGUGGUUGAUUGUGUUGACAACUCCAUGAUGUCUGCCAUCAUGGUCUUGAGCAGCGCGUAGGUGGAAGGCAGUAUGCAUGCUCAGAAAAAAGGACAAGGCGAACUGACGCUAGGCGAACAUCCGUGCCGGUGCACUGCAGUCACAGCAGGUAUCAUUCAUAAGUGUAGGAGGGACAUGGCCUAAGAGAAGGAAGGAAUAUGUGUGAUGCACGUCCAUUACAGAAGAGAUUUGAGAGAUCGGCGGCAUAUUUGUUUCACGUUAACAUAUAGAAUGAUGUACUUGUUAACAUGACAGUGUGUGCAACAUCUUGGGAAUAAUGUUAUGGAGCAUGUCAUCGUAUACAUGCCCGAAAAUGAAGAUGCUUUGAUUGAUACAAGCUGAUGUUUAGUUCCUGCCCCAGGUAAGGUCACCAUGGCCACUACCACAUUAAAUUUGGGACAAAUUCUGUUCUCAUCUUCGACAGAGGAAUCUUCUAUUUUUGUAUCAGCCUAUACUCAACGAAACGAAGCGAUGGGAGCAGCGAUUGUCACAACCACUAGGCAGUCGGCUUUCCAAUCUGCAGCUGAUCAAGUCUGCCAAUCCUAACAAAAGUCUGGUCUCCUUCUGUAAAUUCUUCAGCCUUCCAUCCCCUUGCAUCUGUAUGUAUGCUACAACUGAGGUGCUGUCCGUCGCCACCUGCACUGAUGAGAGGUAUAAAAGAUGACUCCAUGCCUUGAUCGCAAGACCUACGUGGGGCGUGGUGAGUCUAUGGUUUCCCCGGUCAUCACACUCAUAAUCCUUGUUGCCGGUGUUGUUGGAGGGCUGUUUAUUGUCGUGUGUGUUAUCCUGUUCUGCAAGUAUUGUGUGAAGACAAAGAAAACAUUUAGAAGACAUCCUGGUUAUGGAAGGGAUAGAGUUAUGGUGGAACGUCGCUUUCAUCUCCUACAGAGAUACGAGACGAUUAACUCCGACCUUUUUUCAGAGCCAAGCAGUGUAUCAGUGGAUGGAAUUCCUCUCAGCCCAAGAAGACCAUUUGAUUGCAGCAAGAGCCAUGACAGAGUGUCUGAAAGUGAUGAGGCAGAACAAACCGCCAAGUUAAAAUGUGACUUUGAUAAAGCCCAACAACAAUCGCACGACCUUGAGACAGAGGUGUUCAAAAGUCUGAGCGAAGAAAACGAUGAUCAGGUUCAAAAUGGUGGAAGACGAGUUUCUUUUCAAUUGGACAAUCUACCGACUUCUUCUACCAACAAAUUGAGGCGAUUUAGAAGGUACACAGAGGGCGAUUUCCAUCACCUAAAACGUUCUAAGAUUGACAAGUCAGUACCACGUCAGUAUUCCCUUGGUGCUAGGAGCUGGGUGGAUGAAGCAGCACUUCGGGCUAGUAUAGAAGAACAAUUGCGGGAGGUUGAGGAAAAGACACGCAGAGAGUCCCUGCCAAUACUUGACCUGAACAGCUCAGUAUCACCAACACUUAAACCUAUAAGAACGCAGGUAGCUGUAGAAAUUCACCAUCAACAAACUAUGAACAAGUUAGAUGAAAGAAAAGGCAGUCAAGAAGCAGGUGAAUUUAGAAAAGAUUUAAGACCACACCCACCUCAGAGUCUUCGAACAAGUCCUUCCCAAAAGUACUCACAUAGUUUGGAAACAGUUAGCCCGACUACACAGAAAAUGUACAGAGAAACAAGAAAAGUUAAAAGUUAUGAGGACUUUGCUGAUUAUGAUGUACUUAAAAUAACAGAAUUUUCUAAGGGACCUUUUUAUAAUACUGACUAUGAUGUGAUAUCAGAGUUAGGGUCUCCAAUGUCAUCUAAAGUACGAUACAAUGACACAGGAAGUCUAGAACAAUUGAAUGAAGAACAAGUGGUGUAUCUAAAUGACCUUGACCUUGAAGGAAUAAUGCCAGAAGAGAGUGAUGACACAGAGACCCUUAAUGGAACCCAGAAGUAUCGGGAACUUUGGAACCUUCGAGCUACAUUGGAGGAUGAGGAUGAGUGCAGUGACACAAUAAGAAUGGAGGACAUGACAUCACCUGAAGAAUCCCCUGAUCGUGAGCAACUUACACCAUACACUACUUCAUUUGAGUCUAACACAGAGGCAGCCAGUGAUGCUGGGGUAAGUGAUCUGAGAGAUAACAGUAUUCAGUGGGGAGGAGGAGCUGGACGAACUUCCUCAAAGAAUCUUCUUCAUCCAAACUAUGAAAACAGACGUCAGAACUACAGGAACAUUUUAACCAAGAGAUUACAGAAAGCAGGCCCCAAUACGAGCACUGAAAAUAGUUUUGAUAGUGUGGAAACUGAUGGAGAUGUAUCCGACACCAGUCGCUAUGAAGUCACAACGACAUCUUUUGAGUCAACGACAGACAACACCGACAGUACAACAGAGAGCCAACAGAGCAAGUUAAGACAAAUGAAGGCAGAUAGCGGGUACAAGUCAUUAGAAACACAGGGUUCAAGUAAAGAAACAGCGGAUGUGGAGAAGGAAACAUCUCCAGGAGCUACCUGUCUUGAAAACUCACCACCAAAAUCUCCCCACAGAUCUCCCAACAAGUCUCAACAAAAAACAACUCAAAAUUCAUCAGCGCCAGAUCUGAAACCUGAAAGCUUGGGUAGUCCCAAACAUGCCCCAAAACGAUCUGGGCAUGGAUCCCAUUUUGAUCGCCGAAAUGGCAAAACAGCAUCCAAAAAGAGACGUGCCUACAGUCGUGAGAGGCAGAUGGUUCGUGUUUAUGAAAGUAUCAAUGAACCAGAAACAGAUUCCAAGUCAGAACUGGCAUCAGGAGACAGUUUCGAAGAUAAUACAAUCCCAAGUAAAAUUUCAGUUUUCAAGAGAUUUUUUAAGUCUCACUCUCUUGAAACUCGUGAAAAAUAUUUAGCCAGAGAUUAUAGCAUUGAUGAAACUACAAACAAAAUUUUUAAUGACUUCAUUCGCCCAGAGCCACACGACACUAGACUUGGUGCACGGCGUUCCCCACGCUUGCACUAUCGGCACAGGCUGCAUCGUAAACACACUGAACCUAUCAUAGGGGAUGACAGGAGGCGCGACAGACUUGCACCAGACAUGCGCAGUACCAGCCUUGGCAGUGAUAGUAGUGCUAGCUCAGUACGACGACUCUCACCUCAAGAUAGUAUUGAAGAGGAGGAUUUUGAAGAGGAACAGUCUGUAUCUUGGUCUUGUAGGGAGAGGCAGUUUAGCCCAGAUGAUUCAAAUCAACAAAAAGCCAUUCAUGGAAUACCUAUCAUUAGACUUCCUGAAGAGGAACCAGAGGAUUCCUAGCCAACAUAUUGAUUGCAUGAUGGACAAAAUUAGGAGAUUAUUAAUUAUCUUUUCUAUUUUUCCCUUCAGGUAGAUAUUUACCUAUCCAUUAUGACAAGACUGUAAUUCCUAAAACAGUAUGUAUACACACUCUGGAAAACAUAGAAUGCAUGCAGUAUGGAGAGUAAGAAUAUGCAUGACAUUAAGUUCUCACACACCAGUAAGAAGAGAUUCAUGCAUGCACAUGUACACACUCACUCACACACUCACUCACACACACACACAC